AUGAGUGAUGAUGACUUUUUCCAAGACAAAGGUAGCAGCUCGUUACAAUACAUCAAGUGCAAGACCAGCACAAAGAUUGAUGACAUUUUGAAGAGGCGGAGAAAUAAGUUAAUAAACGGGGGUGACGGUGAACGAAGCAGAGAAGAGAGCCCGAAUGAGGCGUCUUCCCCAAAAUAUAACCCACAUGACGGAAAACAAAAGGAACACCACGGCGAAGGAAGCAGACAUGGAAAUGAUGAAAGGUACCCGAAAUGGGGAGAAAAAAGUGACAGUUACCACGGGAGCAGCAGCUACCAACUCGAGGAAGUGAACAAAUAUCUGACAAAAAGGCAUAGUCAUGCAAACCUCCUGGAUGACGAAGGAGAGCUCAAAUUGGGAAGGAAUUACACACAACAGAGAUACAGUCUAGGGAAGAAAAGUUUCACAGAGGAUUCUAUUAAGGAUAUUUAUUCCCAGGAUGAGAAAUUCAGAAAGGGGAAUAUUAAAAGUUGCAUCAAUUUGUCCACCUUCGAUGAUACAAAAAGGAGCCAAUUACGAGUGUCAAAAUCGUUGCACCAUUUAAACCUACAACGAAGGAAAAAGAGUAGCAGUUCAUACCUUCCGCAUAAUGGGGACGAAACAGUACCUUACGCAGAGGACCCCCUGGGGGGGAACUUAAACAAUAUAUAUAAGACUCCUAGUACAGAGGUCCUUUUGAGGGAGAUAAGAAGCAAAGAGGAUGAUGACGGCAACAUUCUUCACGACGGUGACAAUAUCGAGGGGGAAUAUCAGAACGGUUAUGAUGAAAACAGGGAAGAAAUUUUCGCAAACUUGAAUAAGAUUUACCUGAAUGAUGUCGAUUUAAAUAAGACGCCAAGUAAGAGUUUCUCGAGGAACUAUUUCGAGUACUUAAAAUUCGAAACAGCUGGGAAGAUGAAUAUGAGCGAACUGGAGACUCCUGCAAAUUUGAAAGACGAAAAAGAGGAAGAGGGAACGAACACCCCAUUUAUUACGUAUUAUUUGGCUGGGAAGACAAGCAAAAGUGGACUUGAGCAGAAUGUGAAUCUAGACUAUCCGUGUGAUGAUGAAAAAGGUGAAGUUGUCGUCCCCCCUGGGGUGGAAGCACAAAAGGGUAGUACCAUUUAUUUGCCAAAAGAGCAGCGAAACAUACUCGAAGAGUUAACUUUGAAAGGGGAACAGGACAAAAACGGGGAUAGCCAUUUCUUUACGAAGGAGGAAGGCCCUGUCGUUUCCCAUUUGGAUGGGUUUAAAAGUAUUCUCUCUAACCAAGGGGAUGACGCCCAAUAUAGAAGCAGGGACAAGGCGGGGGGCGAGAGUGUGACCCUUCUCAAGCUUGCCAGUUCGCAGAAGUACAAUUUUGUGAAGACUGAAGCGGAAUACAACGACAUGUUGAGGGAAAGAAGUAACCAACUUCAAAUUGGAAAAGGUAGCGCAACGACUACUGGAAGGAUUGCAGAGAGUAGCAACGUAAAUGUUUUGGGAAAUUUUGUCUCAAACAAUAACGUAAGUUUUAAUGACAACAUUUUUUCGUCAAACCAAUUUCACAUAAUGAAUACGAAAUCGUUUCGGGACAACCUGUUCGUCGACUCCAAGCAGUGCGACAGAGAGAGCACCAUGCCGGUGCAGAGGAUGAAGCAUAGAAGUGACACGUUACCCCCCGGGUGUGAGCUGAGAAGAAGUCUGACUUUAAGAAACAUGCCGAUAUCUAAUUCAAUGACGGAGAAACAAGGCUUCCAUGAUCUUCCCUCUGGGGAGGACGCCCCACUUAGAGGAGACCGCAAUUAUGCCAGCCCAUGGAAUGAUAAAAUAGAGACCCCCGAUGACAGAUCCCUUGGUGUAAGCAAGAACCCUUUGGUGGUUAAUUCAAUGAUGCUGCAGAGAUCUCAAACAGGAAUCAACCAAAUAGACCAGUUUGCAAUUCAUCGGAGUACCAGUUUUGGGGAUAAAAAAAGAAGCCCCGACUUCGCAAGCAGGUUGGAUAAGGACCCUCACAUAGAUGUGUAUGUCCGUGAAUACAGCAAAGGAUGUGAUAACCCUCCGUUUGGUUUUAAUUCUUUAAAAAGCAGCACUGUAAAGUUAGCCAGCCGAGAGGAAGACAAGCAUAGCAGGUGGGGCCAAAGUGAGCAUAGCAGAAACGCGGGUGACUCCACAGAGGUGAGUAAUGAUAUCAGUUACAAUGUCCCAAGGGGCUAUAACGAUGUGAACAAGUUGGAUGCAGACGAGGGGAGAUUAACCCGAAGAAGCGAUCCUUCCAACUCAAAAGACGGAAUGAUUUUCACCAAAUUGAGGAAUCUGCACAAACAUAGUGAUGAUGAGAGCAAUGGUCUUCACAACAUAGAGAAGUACUUAAUCGAAGGAAGAGAAAGAAAAAUUUUUUCCAACAGUUCUGAGAAUGUGUAUCUGAUGAAUAGUCAUUAUAACUAUGGGGGGGAUGGAACGUCAGAUUAUGCGAGCCAGGUUAGGAAAAAAAAAAACCUCACCGUAGAUAUAGGGGGAAUGAAUAAACAUACGUGCGAUGGUGUCGGCUUCUUCGAUAUAAACAAUCCAGAUGAAUUGCACUCCUUUGAGAAAGCACACACGGGGCAUAGUGAAAAGGGCGGUGUAAUGUACAGAAGUGUGGCCAGUAACAACUCCAAUGCCAUUAUUCCUUCUGAUGGAAUGACCAAUGUACAGAUGCCUGAGCGCAAUGGAAUCAGCUUUUAUAGUGGCCCCUUGGUGGGGAGAGAACUAAUUCCUGUGGGAAACAGAAGCAGUGUGAACAAGUUAGGCGAGACAGCCGAUUUCGGAGGGAAAGAAAGCAGUGAUCUCUCCGACUCGAGAAACACGGACAACACGAUUAGGAUUAUAUCCACCGAGGGUUACAUUUCUGACAGGAGGGGCGAAAUCAUCGACGGGCGUGACUUGAGGCAGUACUGGUUUGACUACAUAAAUAGCAGCAUUGGUAGCGUCAAUGCAAAUGACAUACGGGGGUUGAUAUUUGGCAGCUCGCAGGGUCGUAUCGGUAGUAAAGCUGCCAACAACCAGAUGGGGCCCCCAUCAAAUCAGAUGCAACACUCUCCGUGUGCAGUGCCAGGGGACGUCUCAACGAGCCGCAUUAGUGAAGACGCACUGGCACAACUCAUCCGGGAAAAGAUAAAGGACAGCAUAAAUGACGUAGUGGAGAAGUUACUGAAUGAGAGGAAGAACCUGGACAUAGUGAGAAAGGAUCUUCUGAACGGAGUUGAGAAGGAGCCAAAUGCGAGUGAUGCUUCAGAGGGAUACAACAACGGGGGGGAAGGCAGCGGGGUAAAAAACAACAGGGUGUCCUGCAGUAGCAGCGUGAAGUGUGAGCAGGGAGGGGUAGACCAAGAUGUCGCCCCAGUUAAAGGGGUCGCAAAGGAGCUCAGAGGGAAAGGAAGCAAUCCUGUUUGUAACGACGGAGUGACUCGAACCGCAGGUGAGGCACCAAGUAGGGAACUCGACCAGGAAAAGGGCACCACGAAGAUAGGACGUUGCUCUGAAGAACAUCAAGACGAGGAGCAUUCAGCACAGGGCAGUCAACACCUGGGAAGAGAAUCAAACAAAGAGACAGUUCACCUGGAUGAGGAAGACAUGCAAGAAAUUGAGAAGCUGAAUAACCAUCUCAAAUUGAACAAAAUAAAAAAGUCAGUAAACCUGCAAAAAGAAGACAAAGAAAAGAAUCAAGUGAAAUGGAAAAAACUCCUUUAUAAUUGUAUAGACAUAAUUUACUCUUUGACGAACGAAAAUAAUGCGAAAAAUAAAAAAAUGAAUUCCCUCUUAGGAGAAAUAAACAAGCUGAACGAAUAUGAGAAGAAAAUAGAGCAUCUGAAUGAAGAGAAUGAGAAACUAAGAGUAGAACUUAUGCAAAAGAACGAACUUGUGAAAAAAAAAGACAUCAAAGAAAGGACAAAUUUAAAUGUGAAAAUCGCCGACCAAGCGAAAAAAAUUGCCAAUUAUGAGAAGGACAUUAACAUAUACAAAAAUAAAGCCAACAAACUGAAUCACAAGAUAAGUAACAAGGACAGCGAAAUGGAUAAGUUGAAAAAGAAGUACCAGCUAGUUUUGGACGAAAUUGAAAAGUGCAAACAGGAUGCAACCGCUACCUUGAAGCAGGUACUCAACAAGAAGCACCCCACUCUGGUCGAUAAGCAGUGCCUAGACAUUUCCAAGUAUUACGAGGUUGAGAUGUGCAUGCUUAACAAACAAAUCAGAAAUUUGAAGGACCUCCUUAAAACUGGGACCAAGGAGAAAAUCAUGCUCAGAAAGAAGCUAAGCGAGUGCUCCGAGGGGAGGAGCCUUCGGGGUGGGCAUCCCGGUGAGCACUCCAAGGGACAUUCCAACGGGAAGUCCCACGCCGAUUCGUAUUCCCAUUCGUAUGCCGAUUCGAGUGCCCAUUCCGGUGCACACUCCAGUGAUGAUGCCGAUGGGGAGGAAAGCCGCAGAAAGGCCGCCCCCCAAAAGGGUAACCCAACCCAGACAGACACGAGUGAACACACCAAGGAAGGCACGUACAAAAAAAUGUGUCAAAAUUUAUUCAACGAAAUGAAUGAAAUAAAAAAAAAUUUUGAUAAUCAGAAAAUUUUGUAUGACCAAAAAAUUGAACAACUGGAGCAAAAGCAGGAGCUGCAAAAUAUGAAAAAUAAAUUGGACGCAUCGGAAAAAAUUGUAGAAGUGUACCAAAAUAUUUUUCGCGAAAAUGUGAAUUAUAUAAAAAGUGAUAACUUGCAAAAACGGGAUUUCAGUCAACCUACGGGAGAGAUGCAUUCCCAAGGGGACGGAAAGAGUUACGGCCACCUGCAGAGCGGUGAGAAGGAUAAUUUGCCCAAAAUGGUGGAUGCCGUUAGCUUGGCUCAACACUCCAAUGGAGGGAGGAGCUACGACGACUUUGGCAAAUCCUCCGUUGCAUUGUCGAGGAAGGAUAAUCCUAAUAGUCAGAUGAAUGCAACCUUCACGUCUUGUAAUAUGCCCGGGGCGUCUGCGGAAUUCACCAUGAGCAGGCUCCAAAUGGGGAGUGAGUCAACGGGUGGCCACAUGCUUCCUCCCGGGGUCAAUAGCGCCGCCUGGGGAAGCGUUCCCUCGGUGAGCGGCAUUGGUAUGGUUGGCGAUCUUGUGUCAGUCGACACGCGCAACCCGAACGCGAACACGCAGCACAACUACCUGAAUGAUUUUGUAAAGAUGUACCUAGAAAAGAACCCCAUCAGUGAAUCAAACAAUGGGUUCCAAAUUAGCGACUUGACAAAAUGGAAUCAAAGAUGCACAGAAAAUGUGUCAAACAGUGAAGACAAAAUUAAUCACCUACAUGACACCUUAAUGAGAUUUGAAAAGACAGAAUUGGUCAACAUAUUCAUAACGAUAUGUAGCGAAUUAAAAAGUGACAAUAUUUUUUUCGUAAUCCAGUUUGUAAAAUUUUUGUCCUUCAUUGUGUAUGAACAGUUCCCCUUAUUCUCUUCCUUCUUUUACAACGUCGCCUCGAUAAUUUCGAUAAAUUCUACCAAAUUUGAUGAAUACAUAAAUGUGAUCAAGAAAUGGAAGAGCCACUACGUGAAUGGGCAGAAGUAUUAUCUCUUCCGGAGAAGUGUGCUUUUAAUUUUUCAAGCAGAUUUGAAGGACGUCAGAAGGAGGGACAUCGAUGGGGCUUGCUUGAAGCUUGUCAGAAGUUUGUACGAGAAGAAUCUGGAGAUGUCCAAAUAUUCCAAUGACUCCUUCGAGAAGGCCGAAUACAUAAUCAACAAACAUUCGAAGGAAAUCAUCAGCAAAGUCAUUAAGACGUACAUGAACCUGUACAGCAUUGCCAAAAUCAGCGACAUCAUCCCGCACAUGAAUUCGAUGAACUCAAAGCUCAAAACGCAGUCCUACUUUGUCAGGUCCAUAUCAUCCUGCUUGAAUUUGAGCAAAACGGAUAAUUUUCAGGAGAUCGAGCGGAAAAUAAAAGAACUGGCGGCAACCAAGGGGAUUAACGAAAAGAUAAAGAACAGAAUCAACGUAAACGAAAUAGACGAAUAUUUGGCAGCGUACACAAUUAUGGGCACUCUGAAGAAGUACUUGAACGUUACACUCACCCAGGACCUGUUGCCCUCCAUCUCGAAGAUGAUUCAGAAGAACAGGUCAUCCCAGUGA